CUUCGAAGAUAAGCCUCGACCUGGGUUCCAGAUGUCAUACGCACAUUACACGACCAUGGAGAACUUCGUGUAAUGAUGUUAACAGGCGAUCAUGAAGCAAGCGCAUGGAGAGUUGCAAAUGUUGCGGGCAUCAAAGAGGGGGGCUAAUAAUGGUAGGCGAUGGUAUCAAUGAUGCCCCUGCUCUUGCUGCUGCUACUGUUGGCAUUGUUCUAGCUGAACGUGCCAGUGCAUCAGCUAUAGCUGUUGCAGACGUCCUGUUAUUGCAAGACAAUAUUUCUGGUGUUCCAUUCUGUGUGGCUAAAUCUCGGCAAU